AUGAACGACGACUUCUGCCGGGCGCUGGCAGCCCGCCGGCCCGCGGCGUCCCCCGGCUGCCUGCCGCUGGGCAUCGGGCCCCCUCCCCGGCCGGUGACCCCAGUCCGCGCCGAGCCUCUGGGCGCCGUGCCCUUCCUGCUGUACCCGGGCGCCGCCCGGCCGCCCUACUGCGACGCCUACGCGGCCGCGUUCCCCGGCGCGCCCUUCCCGGGCGACUACCCCUUCGAGCCCGCCUUCAUCCAGAAGCGCAACGAGCGCGAGCGCCAGCGCGUCCGCUGCGUCAACGAGGGCUACGCGCGCCUCCGCGGCCACCUGCCGGGCGCCCUGGCCGAGAAGCGGCUCAGCAAGGUGGAGACCCUGCGCGCCGCCAUCCGCUAUAUCAAGCACCUGCAGGAACUGCUAAGCACCGCCCCCGACGGCCCCGGGCCCCGCGAGCCCCGGGGGGCCCCCUCCGUGGCGCCCGACUCGUCCUGCUGCUCUUCCUCGCCCCUCUUCGAGUCGGAGGACUGCAGCCACUGA